GGACAUUUUAAACCAAACAAUACCUUGUACUCAACGCAUUCGGGGGCUUUUCUAGUAUUUGACUUGCAACUUGGAAACAGUCCCAGUCUUUACUUCACUCACUCCGCUUCUAUUCUACGUGUACAUACAAUGCACCAUUCUCUUUCUUUGACCCACUCGGGUCAGUCACUCAACCAUUGCCUACCAAGAAAACUCAAAUUUGGCUACCAGAGAAUACCCAAAUACCAAACGCGCUCGACUUUAUUUUUUAAUCUUUUAGAAUCUACUUCUUUUUUUUUUUUUUUAUUGCCCUUCAAACCUCCUCAUACCUUCCCACCACUUGUCACGCAGCUUCCAGCUCCAGUCUCCACUCUCCCCCCUUUAUAAAGCCACCUUAACGCCCACUCUACUCAUUAACUCUCUAACACUUCUUCACUUCUUUAUUCUCACAGCACAAGGCACAACUCUGCAUUUUCUUUCUACUUUCAGAUCAAAGAUCAGAAAUUCCAAAAAACGUCUAAGAUGGCACUAGAAGCGCUCAACUCUCCAACCACAGCAGCUCCAUCUUCUCAAUUUGAGGAUUCCAGCAGUCUUAACCAUCUCCGUGAGCCAUGGGCCAAGGGCAAGCGCUCCAAGCGUCCUCACCACCAACCCACCGAGGAAGAGUAUCUCGCUCUCUGCCUCGUUAUGCUAGCUCGCGGCACCACUGCUUCAACCUCUGCCUCCACCGUCCCACACCGCCACCGCUCCCCUACUCCAUCUCCUCAGCUCCAGGGUUCCACAAAUUCAGAGGAGCAGAAAUCUAGCUAUAAGUGUACGGUAUGCAACAAGUCAUUUUCUUCUUACCAAGCCUUAGGUGGUCAUAAGGCAAGUCACAGGAAACUCGCAGGAGGCGAAGACCAAACAAUUUCAACAACCACAACUACCUCCGCCACCGCCGCCGUUUCUAACGGAAGUGGUAAGACUCACGAGUGCUCCAUCUGCCACAAGACUUUCCCAACAGGACAGGCCUUGGGCGGCCACAAGAGGUGUCACUACGAAGGCGGUGCAGAAAAGAGCGGGGUGACUUCCACCUCUGAAGGUGUCGGGUCAACCAACACACACAGCCUCAGCCAGAGCCAUCGUGGCUUUGAUCUUAACGUACCAGCCUUGCCGGAGUUCGCAGCUGAUUUCUUUAUCUCCGGUGAAGACGAAGUUAUGAGCCCACUACCAGCUAAAAAACCCCGUCUCUUGGCGGCACCCAAAAUCGAAGUCGCCCAAAAUUAAUAGGCCAAGCUUAGGACUUUUGCAGUGCUAUUUUUUUUUUUUUUGUAAGAACAUGUAUUUAGGCUAGAUUAAUUAAAUUUCCUUUUUUUACCUUAAUUUCUUUUUUUUUUUUCUAAUUUUUGUGUAGAUAGCAGUUGAAGUCUCUGUUGCAGUUGCUCUGAUGUCAGACUUGGUAUUCCAGUCAAUUAUUUUUAAUUAUUAAAUUUCUUCAAUAAUUAAUUAUUAAA